AUGGUAGUUGAUCCGGGCGGACGAGAUGAACAUUUAGUUGAAGAAAUCAAAAAAUGGUGUAUAAGAAAUAACUAUACACAAACAGAUGUCUUUGAAGCGCUUGUCGAUCAAGCCACAGCUUCUCUAAAUAAUGAUGACCACCAACCGCGAUCACAACAACAAAAGAAAUUCGCAUGCGUACUUGGAAUAUUUUAUCACUACGGAAUCGGAACACAAUUAAACAGAAAGGAAUCCUUCCAAUGGUACGCACUCGCCGCGAAUUACAAUGACCCAUUUGGCAUGAACCAACUUGGAUGGUGCUAUUCGAUUCCGUUUGGCACCAAUCAAGAUCAUGAGAAAGCGAUAUACUGGACAAAGAAAUCGGCACAUUUAGGGAAUCCGAGUGGAGCUUGUAACCUCGCGUACGCGUAUCAACGAGGAACAAAGAUAGAAAAAAAUGAAGUGAAGUCGUUUCGAUGGUAUGAAUACGCGGCGAAUGCUGGAGUGUUGAAUGCACAAGUUAAUAUGGCGAGUUGUUAUCGAGUUGGGUUGGGUACUUUUAAAGAUUUGCACGAAGCGUUAAAGUGGUAUCGAAGCGCAUCGAAACAUCCGAAACACGAUAAUUAUUUGUGGUUGGAGGAGCUUUAA